AGUCCUUCCUGUAGCGUCUCCACCUGACUAGAAUAUGAUCUCUGCGCUUCGUGAUAAUUGAACACACGCUGAUGGAUUCGUUGGAGUUGCGAAACUGAACGCGGUGCUCGGCUCCUGUUUGCGCGGGUUUAGCGGCUGCAGCAGUGACGAUGCUGAGCGGCGGAGUCAAGCCGAGGCUCGGCGGCCUCUUGCGGUCUCCGUUCACCCAGAAGGUCCGGCUGGUGUCCCACAGCCAGCGGCCCUGCUCCACCAACAUACAGGGACUCUCAGAGCUGGCAAGAGAGCGCUCGAAGUCAGUCACUUCGUUUUAUAACCAGUCCGCUAUCGACGCUUCUGCCGAGAAGCCCUCAGUGAGACUGACACUAGCGACCCUGCUGUAUUCUGGGAAGUCCCCGGAUGGGCACCACAUCCUGAGCAGUGCCAGGUACCUGCACAAGGAGCUGCCUGUGCGAAUCGCCCAUCGCAUCAAGGGCUUCCGUAGUUUGCCCUUCAUCAUUGGCUGCAACCCCACCAUUCUGCAAGUGCAUGAACUGUACAUCAGAGCGUACCACAUGCUCAGCGAGUUUCCUCCAAUCAAGGAUCAGGAUGUGGAGGCUCGUUUCUGCAAGCUGGUGCAGCAGUUACUGGACGAUCACAAAGAUGUGGUGACCAGGCUCGCCCAGGGCUUCAAGGAGAGUCGCAGACACAUCCAGGAUGAGACGAUCAUCCGCAGCUUCCUGGACACGACACUUUGCUCUCGUCUUGGAAUCCGUAUGCUGGCCACACACCACCUUGCUCUCCAUGAAGACAACCCUGAUUUUGUUGGGAUCAUAUGCAGGCGACUGUCUCCAAAAAAGAUCACUGAGAAGUGGGUGGAUUUUGCCAGGCGUCUGUGUGAGCACCAGUACGGUAACUCACCCAAGGUGAGGGUCAACGGACACGUAGCAGCUCGUUUCCCUUUUAUCCCCCUUCCCCUGGACUACAUUCUUCCUGAACUCCUUAAAAACGCCAUGAGGGCCACCAUGGAGAGCCACCUGGACACCCCAUACAACGUGCCUGACGUGGUCGUCACAAUUGCCAAUAAUGACCUUGACUUUGUCAUCAGGAUUUCCGACCGUGGUGGUGGUAUACCUCACAACAUGAUAGACAAGGUGAUGGAUUACCACUUCAGCACGGCUGAGCAGAGCGCACAGGACCCCCGCAUGAGCAGCCUCUUCAACACCAUCACCAACAGUGGAAACCAGUCCUCCCCCAUGCACGGGUUUGGGUUUGGCUUACCCACAUCUCGGGCCUACGCAGAGUACCUCGGUGGUUCUUUGUCCAUCCAGUCCAUGCAGGGCAUUGGCACUGACGUCUACCUGCGUCUGCGCCACAUCGACGGCAAAGGAGAGAGCUUCCGUGUCUGAGCGCGCCCUGGUGGUCAACUUUGUGGAGCCAAACUAACAGUCAGACCUGACAGGUCUCGUCAGUUACUGUUAGCACAGAUGGCAGGACUUUGGUCCAGAAGGCGAUGCGCUCUACAGUCCCAGUUAGAAUCUCCCACAUUCACAGACAUCUUAGGUUUUUUUGGCCUUAGCAUUAUUAUUAUUAUAAGCUAUGUUAGCUCUUGUUGAUGACUUUGGUGGUUUCCCUGUGUAUCCUGUGGCAUGUUGGUCUGAAGUUUUAUGAAAUGUCGAAUGUUUAGGUUAUCAGGACAAACUGUGCAUGAUGGUCGAUACCGACGGAAGGAAGUUAGACGCAAAUACAACUUCAGGAUGAAAGAAGUUCACAUCGAAGUUACGUCUCACUUAGUCUCAAAUUUCAAAAGCAUUUUUCUCGACAAACGUUCCGAGCGGAAUGUCGGAAGAGGCGCCAGCAGCCCUGCGAAAACAUCUCGAGUGGAGAGCGCGAGUUUGAACACGUGCUCUGAACCAUGUGUGGAAAGGCUGAACACUCCUUAAUGGCGGUGUUGUGAAGUGGAACGUGCGUGGGAUGCGCUCAGACCUGGGGCUGCCUCGGUGUGUUCGGCGUUCAUCUGCAUGCUGACUGAUUUUUCAUUUUGCUGCCUCUUAGUUCUCACAGACUGAGUGACCGACACGCUGCUGCUGCUCACGAUCAGACCGGUGAAGUAUUGUUUUCACCUACUCUCUGUUCAUGUCUGUUCUCAGAUUUUAAGGGGAUUUUUUUUUGCACCACACUUACAGGAUUUAAGUGAUUUCAGUGUUGAAGUUGUCUGUAGUUGUUUUUAGGUCCAUUAAGUGGUUUCUGAUUUUGAGGCAGCAGUUGUUUGUUUUCACAUUUUGUCCAUUUUUUUUUUUUUUUUCCCUUCCUAAAGGUGUUGUUCUUCACUGUCCCAAAGAUAUGGGACAUAUGUGCACAUUUGCCAGCCAGCCAGGAGUAGGCGCUAUUGCUGAAUUCUAUAUGUCCCUAAAAAUAAUCUCAACUAAAAUUAAAUUGUAGUAGACAAUAACAAAAUGUAGACACCAGAGGUGGGACAGUCAUUCUCAAGUGAUCAGUCUGCAAGUUCCAAGUCAAGUCUCAAAUCGGCUUGCAAACAGUUGGUGGUCAUUAUGACUUGGGACUUGCUGUUUCAUGACUUGAGAGUGACUUCAUGGUGACUUCUUCCCACCUCUAGUAGACACAAACACUCCAGAUGCGUGGACGGCUUUCAAAUUUUACCCGUUCAAAGAAAUGCGAUACUUGCUUAGAGAUAAACGAAGCCUCGUAAUGGUCACAGCCCGCACCCCUGUAUUUUGUCAAACUGACCUUCAGCCCGAUUUCUGUUUGUUUUUCAGUUUGUUUUUCAGUUUGAUUUUGUUGGAAUAUUAAUUUGACACUUUUAGCACAUUUUAUGCAUUUGUGACUUCUAAACUGUUAUGACCCCAUUU